GAGCAGGCCAGCGUGACUGUCUUUGAACAUGGCCAUUCGAAGAUCGAGGUGCAACCGCCCAACGCGGCGCAGCGGUGUCCUUCCCUCUUUCCUGCAGAAACAAUAAACCUUACACACCAUCCCACCCAGAGACUUACAGGCAUCAAACAUUAAUCACAUACAAAGAUGAGUAAUUCUUCUAGAGGCCGUGGGCGACGGCAAUACAAUGAUUACAACAACAAUUACGACAACAACAGCGAAUAUGAUCAGCCCGCGGGCGGCUCAGACAUUUUUUCUCGACUUGGCCCGAGAGGCGGCGGCAAUCAAGGUGGACACAAUAACGCCUUUAACAGUGGAGGAGGAAAAAGAGGCGGCGGCCAUCGAGGUGGACACACUGAUGCCUUCAACAGUGGAGGAGGACAAAGAGGCGGUGGUGGCAUGCGCAGUUUUGACAAUAGCAUGAGCAACAACAAUAACAACUACCAUAACAACAACCGACAAGAUAAUUACCAGCAACCACGAGGAAGAGGUGGUUUCAGUGGUGGAGGACGCUUUAAUGACAACGAAGACGAUCUAUUCUCUACGGGCCCAAGAUCGCAACCUCGAGGUGGUAGAAGCAACCGAGGCAAUCGAGGAAGAGGACGAGGUUUUGACGGUGGACAUCAAAGUCGUGAUACCCAACAACGAUGGAAAAGCAAUGACGGACGGCAUUAUACUCGGAAAUUCGUCGACGAAGAUAUUGCAAUGGAUACUCCUGAUGCUCCUGCCAUGAACGGGCAGGGUAUCGUCGUGGCCGUUUCAGGCCAUCCGGAUGGAGCAGAAGAAAAGCUUUUAGGAUUUCUACAACGCAAAUCAAAACAGCCAUGGCAUGCUCUGAAUGUCAGAUCGGAACAAGGAAUCAUGUACAUCACUGUCGCUGACGAGCAUUCUGCAACCGCCCUUGCACGCUUGAACAAUUAUAACUUUGGAAGCGCAGUGCUUGAAAUUCGGCAUGUUGAUGGAGGUAGUGGUGGUGCAGGUCAGCAACAACGAGGCGGACCUAGCGGCGGCGGACGAUCAAAUGCAUUGGAAGAGUUUCUACAAGAACGUUGGGACGCGCCACGAGGCUUUUUAAAUUUGGACGAGCUACCAAAAACUCGACACACCAUUACUAUCGUCAUUUCACGAUUGUUGAUGGUUGCAGUCGACUUAUUUGGAAACCAGAUAAUGACAAUAUCAUUUGCACGCAAUGGCUUGUGGUCUGUCAAGCCGCUCAAGAAGUUACCUGAACUGUUUCCCGGUUUACAAAACCUAUCUAUUCAAGACAACGAAAUUGCAGACUUCCGAUCGCUCGAUGAAUUUGCAAACAAGUUUUCUACCUUGACCGAAUUGAUGAUCGUGGGGAACCCAAUACAAACCCAAUACGAUUGGCAACAAUAUCAAAGCGAAGUCACUCGUCGAUUUCCUUCUGUUCAAAUGCUAGACCAGCAACCUGUCGGGCACAGUGUUGCACCACCGCCUGCUUUUGGAGCUACAGGCAGCCCUGCAGGGUUCGGUACACCUCCACCAGCACCACCAACAAACGUUCCAGAAACCCGGGCAAACUUCUUUGAUCAGCCAAGCUCACAGCAAGCAACGGAGGAACUGUUGUCGCAAUACUUUCAAUUCUUUGACUCGAACCGUGCAGCUCUAGUAGACCUGUAUGAUGCACAAUCUUGCUUUUCCGUCAGUGUGACUAGAAGUGCACUUGAUGCAGCUGGUACCUGGGGACAAGCACCACGACUUGUAAUCGGAAGCGAAAACAUUAUACAGCGACUCGCUGCGCUGCCACCGACAAUACACGACCUAACAUCAUCAGAAAGCGUUAUGGUAGAUGCUUUGCAGACCUCCGUCGCACAGAAUGUUUUAUUAAGCAUUACCAUUCAUGGCCAUUUCAAAGAAGCUACUGGGGCAAAUGGUCAGGUUUACUCUUUUGAUCGGGUCAUGAUAGUCGCACCAGCGCAACCUGGUUCAAGAGCUCAAAAUGCGGGAUGGCGAUAUGUUAUCCUGCAAGAUUCCCUCAUUAUUCACAAAUAGCUGAGAAGAAUAAUAAAACAUCAUCAAAGAAGCACCCAUGUGU